CUGUACUUGUAUUCUAUUAGUUAUGUUUCGCCUAUUGCAGAGAAAGGUCCUAGAAAAUCCUGAGCUGGUUACCAGCCUCCUAUCUUCUUCUUUUGCUUUUAGUUGUACAAUGUUGGUAGGAGACGCGGUGGCUCAGAAAAUGUCUCCUCAGGCCAAACCAUUUGAUUUCAAACGGUUUGCCUGUGUUGGGAUUUCUAGUUUUUGCAUCUCCGGACCCUUAUCCUUUACCGUGAACCGAAUCGUCCACAAGCUUUAUCCUGGAUCUGGACAUUACUCUCUUCUGAAAAGAAUUUGUGUUACUUCGAGUCUUUCUCCUUUGAUGAUUGCUGCGGGGAUUAUUCCUUCUGUCUAUCUCCAAACGGGUGAUUCCGAAACAGUUCGACACCGUGUCAUUAACCGUGUGCCCCUGAACUGGUUCGUUUCACUUAUCUUUUUAACCCCUUUUACUUAUUUCCAUAGCCGGUAUGUUACUCAGCGUCUCCAAAAAGUGACGCGAACGACAUACAACAUGUUCUAUAGUUCUUUUAUGGCUACCCGGAAUAAUCCGAAAUCCGAGGAGAUCGUUAUUGAUCUGCUCCUUUAACAACAGCAACAACUGAUUGAGCAUUCCUGAAUUGAACCGUAAUUAGAUAAUGAAAAGAAAAAAGUCUUCGUUAAUACUCUGAUUUAUACGCAACUAUUGAUAUGAACGCCUGAUUGAAUCGUAAUUAGUAUAA